CCCAUUCCAACGCGGCGAGAUACAAAUUUCAGACUCUACUAGGUGCCCCCCUCCCUCCGACUCAGUCCCAACGGUCAGCCAUGGCCGCCAUACACUCCAUAGCUGCUCAGAGCUUCCCCUCUCUCCCAAACCCCAAACCCAGAAAACCCAUUGCCGCUCACGUAAAACCCAUCUUGACCUGCGCUUUUCCCACCUCCAAACUCCCAAAAAACCCAACUUUCACGAGAAACAAACAGAAAAGCAGGUGGGUUUUGAACUCGGUGGUCGAGCGAGAAGAGUGCGAUGUGAUUCCGGUUCAGAGCUCCAACCGUACGGACCAGCAGGAAGGGGUGGUGGCGAGCAGGGUGGAGAGCGAAGGCGGGGAUCAGGGGGAGUUGGUGAGUCAGGUGGGCGGGUUCGGAGCGAGUGAGGGGAGGUUUUCGUUUGAAGGGCCUGGUGGGUUUGGGUCUUCUGGGGUUGGAAGUGAGAGGGAGAGUGAGGAAUUUGAGAGGCUGGUGGAUAGAACUAUCAAUGCCGCUAUUGUGCUUGCAGCUGGUACUUUUGCUCUCACUAAGUUGAUCACCGUCGACCAGGAUUACUGGCAUGGUUGGACUCUAUAUGAGAUCCUCAGAUACGCACCUCAACACAACUGGAGUGCUUAUGAGGACGCUCUCAAGACUAACCCAGUUUUAGCCAAAAUGGUGAUUAGUGGUGUGGUGUACUCUGUAGGGGACUGGAUUGCACAGUGCUUUGAAGGAAAACCUCUAUUUGAGUUUGACCGUACACGAAUGCUCAGGUCAGGUCUUGUUGGAUUUACUCUCCAUGGUUCCCUCUCUCACUACUAUUACCAGUUUUGUGAGGAGCUUAUUCCCUUCCAAGACUGGUGGGUGGUUCCUGCCAAAGUAGCCUUUGACCAAACUGUAUGGGCAGCAAUUUGGAACAGCAUUUACUUUACAGUAGUGGGAUUUCUGCGUUUUGAAUCUCCCAUCAGUAUUUUUAGUGAACUGACAGCGACAUUUUGGCCAAUGCUAACAGCAGGGUGGAAGCUUUGGCCAUUUGCGCAUCUUGUUACCUAUGGUGUGAUCCCUGUUGAACAACGGCUCUUAUGGGUGGACUGUGUAGAGUUAGUGUGGGUGACUAUACUCUCAACUUACUCAAAUGAAAAAUCAGAAGCAAGGAUUUCUGAGGCACCAGCUGAAGAUAUUUCCAGUUCGUCGAACACAAGUCCUCUUGAGGAGUAAACAAAUUGAAAACGGCCAGAAAAUCAGAGACGGAUACUUCCAUGAGGGAAAUUGCUCAAUGAGUGUGAAAAACUAAAGAUCGACUCCAUGAGGACCGUGACGUUGAAGGUGAAGUACCUAGCAAUGUGGAAAUGUGCCUGGGCAGGUUGAUUUUAUAUAUAUCACGUGUAUACGUUAAGUGCCACCAGUUUCGUUUACAUAUACAUCGAGUUCCUCGUAUAUAACUUUAGAUCAUUUACCUAAUGUAUCUCCCAGAAAAACAAAUUAGUGUAAACAGAACAUUAUAUGUAUAGUUUGGGAAAGAUGGAUGGAAAUGUUCCCAAUUUAGA